AUGGGUGAAAAGAACAACUGAUUCUCCUGCAAGGCUUUUCAGCCGGGGCUCAGGCUGAGGGUCUCGGUUGCAGGAAGUCCAGCUGAAACAAACCCAGUAGAAGGAGCGAGCAAGGACAACCUGUUACUUCUCUGACAGGCCUGGCACAGGCUUCGGCUCUGGCCUUCUUGAGGAUGUAAGGAUUUUUUGCCGUCUCUUGUGGAAAAGCUGUCAGUACUGGAUGUUAAUGGCCAAAUGUAGAACUUCAGUGGUUGAUGACAAGCAGUUCGGAGGAAAAAUGUCGGCCACGCAGGGGAUGAGCCGCACCAGCAUCUACAGCUACUUCCUUAAUAUGGUGGCCUAUCAGAUCUGUUGCUGCUGUGGACCGGCUCCCUGCUCGCUCUGCUGUGCCUUCUGCCCUCCCGUCAAAUCGUCCACCAGCACAAGAGUCAUGUACACCCUCUUCCACAUCAUGAGUUGCGCCGUCUCCUGCCUCAUGUUGUCCCGAACCGUCUCUGAGCUCGUCAGGGAGAAUGUGCCUUUCUUCAAUGUGGUGUGCGACCAGGCACAUGGGGGAGGUCACUGUGAGAUGCUGGUGGGCUACUCAGCAGUCUAUAGAGUAUGCUUCGGUACCUCCUGUUUUUACCUGAUGAUGGCGAUCUUCCUCAUCGACGUAAAGUCCAGUCAGGACUUUAGAGCUCUCAUACACAAUGGGUUCUGGUUUUUAAAAUUUAUCACCCUGCUUGGGAUGUGCACUGCUGCCUUCUUCAUCCCAACAGAGUCAUUCCUACAUGCUUGGCAUUAUGUUGGUGUGGUGGGAGGGUUCGCCUUCAUCCUCAUCCAACUCAUCCUCAUCACAGCUUUUGCACACACAUGGAACAAAAACUGGUUGACCGGAGCAGCAGAAAACAAGCGCUGGUACCUGGCAGUGAUGUGCGCCACACUCUUCUUCUACACCAUCGCCACCAUGGCCUUCACUUUCAUGUACAAAUAUUACACGCAUCCCAUCGCCUGCCACUUCAACAAGGUCCUGCUGUGGGUCAACCUGGGGCUGUGCGGGCUCAUGUCAUUCAUCGCCGUCACGCCGUGUGUCAAACAGAAGCAGCCUCGGUCUGGGCUCCUUCAGGCCUCCAUCAUCAGCUGUUAUGUCAUGUACCUCACUUUCUCCGCACUGUCCAGCCGUCCGCCAGAGAAAGUGGUGUAUCAGGGCAUGAACAUGACCGUCUGUUACCCCAGUGUGGGGCAAGAUGGAGUGAAGAAUGAGGGCAACGCUGUGGCCAUUAUUGGAGCUGCCAUCAUGUACUGCUGUGUCCUGUUUGCUUGUAAUGAGGCUUCAUAUCUGGCUGAGGUGUUCGGUCCAUUUUGGAUGAUCAAAGUUUAUCGCUACGAGUUCCAGAAAGCAACCUGUUGGUUCUGCUGCCCUGAAGAAGAAGCAGCUGAAGAGGACUUUAUGGUUGAUAAUGAUAACAAAGGUUGUCAGAAAGUUAUCCAUAAUGAGACACAGAAGGUGGCAUACAGCUACUUUUUUUUCCAUUUUGUCUUCUUCUUGGCCUCACUGUACGUCAUGAUGACCCUCACCAACUGGUUCAGCUAUGAGUCAGCAGUGUUGGAGACCACCUUCACCCACGGAUGCUGGUCCACCUUCUGGGUGAAGAUGUCCUCAUGUUGGGCCUGCGUGAUCCUCUACCUCUGGCUACUGCUGGGCCCUCUCUGCAGAUGCCAGAAUGAAUCCAGACCACGGCGUUCUCGCAUCAAACGUCGCUCCGCAUCCUGCCGGCAUGUCAGUGUCAGCGUUUGAUGUUAUCAAUGGGCGGCCCGCCUGAAGGGAGCCAAACACGAAUAGAUGAGGACAAGAAGAUGGAUGAGUUUGAGCUUCCCAAGGUGCUCUGGAGAAUGCUAGGGGUCACAGACUUACAAAGCUUUGAGAAAACAAAGUGAGAUGGACGUAAGCACUUUGUGCUCUGUCCAUGCCAGAAGAACUGGCACUAAAUUACACCAUAAGCAAGGACCUGAUGGUGGUUUUUAAAACUGUCCCAGAAAGAAUUGCCAAAGGGAUCUGAAGAAGUGGA